GUUUUUCGCCACGAGGACAAGAACAAUGUGCGCUAUAAAACCAGCCCCCCGCUCCGGCUUCGCAGCCUUCCUUCCAUCUCUUUCAUUACUUACGACGGGUUCGCGAUGAGCUUAAUAAGCAUGCAACACAGUCCAGUUAAAUCCAGGCGACGACAGGGUGUCUCUGACCUACUGGUCCCUCCCCUUCACGAUCAAUGGCGUCUUACGAUGACGCUUGACGAAGAUGGUGUAGAAAUCUUCGACUUUCCCAGACCACCAUCUCGCGAUGAUAACGACAGCUCUUCGGAUGGUCAUUCAGCUAGCUCCAGCCCUGCAACAACACCAGCCACCUCUCCCACUACCCCCAACAGACCACGGUCUAUUACACGGUGCAAGACAAUCAAGCCGCUCAUCAUCAAUAAACGAGCAUUGUCUCCCCAAACACCAAUCAAUGGUGACGACGACGAUGACUUUUACGCGUCUCAUGCGCGAAACUUUGUCACUCUUUCGCCCCCAUUACCACCAUCUUUUCCGCGUUCUAUGUCUCCCUCCAUCCGGACAAGUCCAGGGCCAGCGCCGGAUUGCCCGCUUCCUGCAACUCCCUCAACUCCCACACACUCACGUACUCUCUCGUCCUCGUCUUCCUGCUCCCCUCCAAACUACUCUCGACCCAUGUCGCGUCCGCCUCCCCGGUCAUCCAUCCCAGCAGACGCCCGACUUCACGACAGUGUUUGCAGUGGUGAUUUCUUCAAUCAUUACGCCACCUAUGCGCCGUUAAUUCAGAGUCGGUCACAUACGCCGCUAGUCGAUCUACUAGCAACGGACGAUGACGAGGUUUUAUCACUUUCCCCCAUGAUGACUGUUCGCAACCCCGAUCUGGACUCAGACUCGGACCCACUCGACUUGGAUGUCGACCCAGCUCAAGCAAGUCUGGACAAGCCACUCCCGCUUCCGCCAUACAAAGGAUGGCACACUCGUCCCAGCGACCUUGCAUCCAUCCCACCGCUGCGCUCAAGAUGGUCGACAUCCACUCUGUCCUCCAUUCGCGAUCCGCCGAGAAACGAAUCGAGUCCGUUCAACUUUGCCAAACGGUACUUCAGUGCUCCGAGAGUUCCACGGAGUAGUCCAGUCAAAGAGAACAAAUCGCCCAAGUCUAAAGGCAAAGGCAAAGGCAAGCUCACCGUCGGCGAUGUUCGCGUCUUGCUCUCUCCCCCCGCGCCUGUCUUGCAGCACUCUCAAUCCGACUCGGGCUGUUUCUCAACGUCAUCAUCACUUCCGCGCAUAUCCACCGACUCGACGUUCAUCACUACCCGCUCAGAGAUGGGUCAUUCCAACUCCAACUACAGCAGUGAUGAGGAUGAUGACGCGGAUAGCAUCACUGGUCUGAGACCACCUAUUCGCCGACGAAAACCUAUCCCUGCCUUUUUGGGUAUGCAUGCCCGUUAG